CAGAUUUGAUGUUUUUUAAAAAGGUGCAGCGAAAUGGAAGUUAUCCAUUAAUUUCCACAUAUGAAGGCAAAUUGGUAAACGUAUUUAACCUGGAAAUGUCUCAAAGUCAUGAAAAUUUAACUGUUCCGCUAAUUCAAGACCCCAUUAUCGAGCAUGAAGACGAUUACAUUAUUGAAGGUAGCGAUGAUGAGCAGGAUACAUAUGAAUCACAAUU